GGCUCAGCCCAUUCCAGUCCAGGACGGCAGCAGGAAAGGGAAGAACCAAUCAACCGAUUCCCCCUCCCCACUCCACCCCGCGCCGCAGCGAGAGCGAACUGGUGCCUGCCUUCCACUGCCGGCCGCGUCGUCGUCGUCCCUUCCUUCCCUCCCUCCCUCCCUCCCGCUGCGCUCCCGUCCGAGACUGUGAACAUGUCAGAUAGUGCAUUGCAAGAUCUCAACGCUGCCCAAUCAGUUGUGCUCGAGAAAAGCAAAGACAGUUCUGUGGAACCCUGCAGUUCUAAGCCCGUGUUAAACGGGAACAAAUGUGUCAAGAAGGAAGGAAAUGCUGUACCUGAUGUGACCAAUGGAUGUGAUGCUGUAGUUGUAGAUAUCGAGUAUAUUGAUUCUGAGAAUCUCACAGAUCUUCCAGAUGUUGACACAAGCCUGAGUACUUUGCUUGCAAGGUUGGAUUCAAAGGAUUGGAUCAAGACAUGUGAAGCUCUUAAUAAUGUUCGUCAGUUGGCGAUAUAUCACAAGCAAAGGUUGCAGGAGCUGCUGGAGCCUCUAGUUCCUCUUAUUGUGAAAUCUGUUAAGAAUCCAAGGAGUGCUCUAUGCAAAACCGCACUUAUGACCUGCGCUGACAUCUUUAAGGCAUACGGUGAACAAAUGGUCGACUUGAUUGAUCAGCUGCUAAUGCCGCUAUUUCUGAAAUCUUCACAAGACAAGCGCUUUGUUUGUGAAGCAGCUGAGGCAGCCCUUAUGUCAAUGACAAGCUGGAUCUCCCCCUCUAUAUUGUUACCAAAAAUGCAGCCCUACCUCAAAAACAGGAAUCCACGAAUUCGAGCAAAAGCAUCUGUUUGUUUCAGUAAGAGUGUACCACGCCUUGGUCUGGAGGGAAUCAAAGAAUACGGAAUGGACAAGCUCAUUCAGGUCGCAGCAACCCAGCUCAGCGACCAGCUUCCUGAAUCAAGGGAGGCUGCUCGUAACCUUUCAUUGGAGCUUCAAGCAUUCUAUGAGAAGUCUCAAGCCUCUGGUUUAGGCGAAGAUGACAGCGCACCUGCUAUUUCACCAGAAGCUGAAACCUGGGAGGCUUUCUGCCUAUCUAAGCUUUCUGCUUUAAGCGCCCAAGCAAUCCUCCGUGUCACUGUGGGUGUCCCUGUUGCCCCAAAAGAAGGCGGCAUCUCUGCUGCUCUGAAAGAAGGCGGCAUCCCUGCUGCCCUGAAAGAAGGUGGCAUCUCUGUUGUCGUUGCUCCAAAAGAAGGUGGCGCCCCUGUUGCUACGAAAGAAGGUGCUGCGGCCGUGGGCUGCUAGCGUUGGGAGUUGGCCGACACAAGCGAUGUUGCGAUUUUUCCACAUCCAAUUCACGUUUUUGCUGUACAUGAUUUAUGGGUUGCUCGGUCGGUAAAUCGAAUCUCCUUUUGCUGGAGUUCUUCAGGCUUGAGGGCCUGGGGUGGGUGUUAAUAUUGGUGCGAGAUAUAGUCCCUUAUAGUUGACUGUAUAAUCCUUUGGUUCCGUCACUACUUAUCAGUUUGGCAUUGAUUGGUCAGUCAGGGAAUGUAGAAUUUCUUCCACCGUUCGAUAUUUGGAGUACUACUGCCCCUA